AUGCCUGGAUGUCCCUGCUCUGGCUGCGGCAUGGCGGGCCUGAGGCUCCUGCUCUUCGCUGCCGUGGCCCUGCAGCUCCUGGGAGGGGCUGGGGGCUCCCAGCAGGCCCUCCGGAGCCGGGGGGCCGCAGCAGCCUGUCGCCUCGAUAACAAGGAGAGUGAGUCGUGGGGAGCCCUGCUGAGUGGGGAGCGGCUGGACACCUGGAUCUGCUCCCUCCUGGGCUCCCUGCUGGUGGGACUCAGCGGGGUCUUCCCGCUGCUGGUCAUCCCCCUGGAGAUGGGAGCCACCCUGCGCUCAGAAGCAGGGGCCCGGCGCCUGAAGCAGCUGCUCAGCUUCGCGCUGGGCGGCCUCUUGGGCAACGUGUUCCUCCACCUGCUGCCCGAGGCCUGGGCCUACACGUGCAGCUCCAGCCUCGGUGGUGAGAGGCAGAGCCUGCAGCAGCAGCAACAGCUGGGGCUGUGGGUCAUCGCCGGCUUCCUGACCUUCCUGGCUUUGGAAAAGACGUUCCUGGACAGCAAGGAGCAGGAGGGGACCAGCCAGGUCCGUGGCUAUCUCAACCUGCUGGCCAACACCAUAGACAACUUCACUCACGGGCUGGCUGUGGCCGCCAGCUUCCUGGUGAGCAAGAAGAUCGGGCUCCUGACCACCAUGGCCAUCCUCCUGCAUGAGAUCCCCCAUGAGGUGGGCGACUUCGCCAUCCUGCUGCGGGCCGGCUUUGACCGAUGGAGCGCAGCCAAGCUCCAGCUGUCCACGGCGCUGGGGGGCCUGCUGGGCGCCUGCUUCGCCAUCUGCACACAGUCCCCCAAGGGCGUAGAGGAGACUGUGGCCUGGAUCCUGCCCUUCACCUCGGGCGGCUUCCUCUACAUCGCCCUGGUGAACGUGCUGCCCGACAUCCUGGAGGAAGAUGACCCGUGGCAGUCCCUGCAGCAAGUGCUCCUGCUCUGCGCGGGGAUCCUGGUGAUGGUGCUGUUCUCGCUCCUGGUGGAGUAG